AUGAGAAUCGAGAAGUGUUAUUUUUGUGGUGCCAAUGUCUAUCCUGGUCAUGGCACCAUGUUUGUUCGAAACGAUGCCAAGACGUUCCGCUUCUGUCGCUCAAAAUGCCACAAGAACUUCAAGAUGAAGCGUAAUCCGCGCAAAGUUCGAUGGACUAAGGCAUUCCGCAAGGCUGCUGGUAAAGAGAUGGCGAUUGACUCGACGCUGGAAUUCGAGAAGCGCCGAAACGUUCCUGUGAAGUACGACCGAGCGCUGGUCCAGACGACGAUCAGCGCGAUCGACCGAGUAGCGGCGAUCAAAGCCAAGCGGGAGAAGGCGUUCUACGCGGCACGGAUGGCCGCUGCCGCGCCCGUGGUGCGGAAGAGCAUGGCCGUCGAGGUGGUCAAGGACCGCCAUGUGCUUGGAUUGAAAGACGACGAGUUGACCCAGAUGGCAGUCGAGGCCGCAGAGAGCCGUCUGGCCGCGAUCGCUGCCCGAGAAGAGGAAAAGAAAGCGAGCAGGAAGCCGAGCAAGGCCCAGACUGAAGAUGUGGAGAUGGACGAUGUCGCCGAAGACGAUGACGAGCCGACUGUCGAUCUCACUCAAGCGAUCUCCAACGCACUCGUCUCAGCCACUCUCGCCACUCGCUCUGAACCCCAGAAGGCCAAGACGAAAAUCAAAGUCAAAACUAAAGUCGCAAGAAAAUCUGCCCUGGUUCCUUGA